AUGUCUAAAGCAGUUAUCAGGAGUAAUUUAGACAAUGAAACAUUAUCUAAAACAUUAGAAAAAGGAGAUUUUGAAGAAUACUCAGAAAGAUUUAUUGAAGAUGGAUAUCAUGACUUUCCUAAUGAAGAAGAAUCAGUUGAUUUAGAUGUUGAAUUUAUUGAUAGAAAAGGAGGAGAUUCUAAUUCUAAAAGUGAAAAUGAAAUCAAAAGAGAAAAUGGAGAAGAAAUAGCAUAUGAACCAAAAAUAUCAACAAAGAAUGAAACUACAGAACCAACAGAUGAAGAUCGAGUAAGUCAAGUUAAAAAAUUAAAAAAAGUCAAAGCAAAAAAAGGAUUUACAGUAGAAGAUUUAAUUGCAAGAAAUUUUCAAGAAUUAUUAUGUCAAAAGAAAGAGUUUAAAAGAAAUGAAGAUGGAAAAUUAAAACGAACACCAUCUGCAUGGAAAACAUUAAUAACAAGUUCAAUAUCAUUAGGAUUUAAUCUUACAAAUACAUUAGUUGGAGCAGGUAUUUUAUCAUUAAGUCAAGCAUGUUAUAAAAUGGGAAUAGUUGGAUUUGUAUUAUGGAGUUUAGCAACAAUUGUUUAUUUUAUUUAUACAUGGUAUUAUUAUAAUAGAGCUAUUUAUUUAACAGGAGCAGGAACAAUGGGAGAAUUAUUAUCAUUAAUAUUUGGAAAAGUAUUAGCAUGUUUAGUAGAUAUUUGUAAUACAUUAUUUAAUUUAUGUAUUUUAAUGAGUUAUCAAGUAAUUGUUACUCAAUAUUUAUUUGGUAUUAUUCAAGACCUUACUACAAGAGAUCAAUGGGAUAAUACUAUUGAUGAAUGUUAUGGAAAUCCUCAAAGAACUGCUGGAAUAGCAUGUGGAUGGCAUUAUAUUUUAUUAAUUCUUGUAGCUGUUUGUUUAAAUUUCCCAUUUAUUAUUCCUAAGUCAGUAAAAUUCCUUAAUAGAAUUUCAGUAUUAUCAAUCAUCGUUGCUGUAUUUGUUACAUUUACUGUUAUGAUUAAAGCUAUUUAUUGUGGUGCUAAAGGAAAAUCUUCAAAUGGAAGUGAUGGUAAUUUCCCUACUUUUAAAGAUAAAUGGUGGCCAAGUGGUGUUAUGGACUUUUUCACAAUGGCUCCUUUCAUUACAGCUAAUUUUCAAAUUCAUUCUUCAAUUCCUCCUAUUUAUGUUGGAACAAAAGGUAUGUCAAAGAAAGUUAAAUUAUCUUCAUUACAAGGUGCUGUUUGUAUUGCUGUAUUAACAUGUUCAUUCUUUUUUGUAUUUAUGGCAGUAAGUGGACAUGUAAGUUUUGAUAAAGUUUCAUCUAAUGUUUUAAAUGAUUUUUCAAAUCCAAAUAGUUCAGAUAAAGAUUGGUUAAUUAUUGUUUGUAGAAUGUUGAUGAUCAUUUUAGUAUUAAUGUCUUAUCCUGCUUUAACUUUUUCUACUUGUGCUGGUAUCUUGAGAUAUAUACCAAAAAAAUGGAAAAUUUGUCAAUUAUGGAAUGGAAGAGUUAUUAUCUUUAUUAUUAGAUGUUCUAUUUUAUUUGUUACGACUUUAUGUGCUUGUUUUGUUACUAAUAUUGGUGUUAUUUUCUCUAUUGCUUCUGCAAUUUUCUCUAUAUUUGUAGUUUAUGUUUGUCCAUUAAGUAUUAUUAUGUUAUGGCCAAGAGUUGAGAAAUUUGGUGAUCCUAAUUUCAGAAAAUUGUCAGUUAUUGAUAAUAUUAUUUAUAAUAAAGUUGUUGAUGGAAAUCAAAAAUUCACUCAGCAUGAUAUUGAAGCUGCUUUAUCAAAAGCUGAGGCUCAAAAGAAUGAAGGUGUUGCUGAUGUCAUUGUUACUAUUAAUACUCCUGCAGAAGGACAACCUGAAAUUGAAUUAAAUGAGAUUAAAGAAGAAAUACAAAAUCAUCCCUCACAAAACGAAAGUAACAAUUCAGAUUUCCCAAUAUCACCAGAAGAUGAUAAUGACGAAGUUGAUAUUAUGAAAAAUAGAAAGAAAUGGAUGAAAUUACCAGAUGCUCCUGUUCCUAUUUGGAGGUAUUUUGUUUUUGGAACAGCAAUGUUUUGUUGUCUGGUUUUAUGUAUUUUAUCAGUAGUUGGAACAAUAUUAGGUGAAGUGAAUAAAUAA